UUGAAAUCUGUGUGUUCGAUGAUCUCUCUCCCUCUACAUUAUAUAUAUAUACACACACAUAUAUAUGGAAUUGAUGCUUCCUCUUUUAAUACUCAUUUUACUGUACUAGUGUCAUAUAUGUACAUAGCCAUGCAUAUACUGUACUGAAUCUCUUACAUUUCUCUCUCUACACACACACAGCCCUUGCAUUGUACCGAUUGAAAUUACUUUGUUGCAGAGUGUGAUCUUUUGCUCUGAUCUACUUCAAUGGCGAUGGAUGAUGAUGCUUCGGUGAAGCGCGGCAACGGAAGGCUUCCGGAAUUCGGCGCCAUCUUCAUGUCGAACAGGAGAACGAUGGGGGAGUGCUUCGAGAGGAAGCUCUUUGGACUUCCAUCUUCUUGCGCCGAUGUCGUGAAGAAGGUCAGAGCUGGAAUGCUCCUCUUCCUAUUUGAGUACGAGGAGAGGGAGCUUCAUGGAGUUUUUCAGGCGAUUUCGGACGGUUCAAUGAAUAUUGUGCCAAAUGCUUAUGCAUCGUCGGGCAAAUAUUUCUCUGCUCAGGUUCGAUUCAGUGUAAUUUGGAAUUGUCGUCCUUUAUAUGAAAAUGAAUUCCGUGAUGCCAUCAGAGAUAACUACUAUGCACCGAACAAGUUCAAUUUCGGUCUGUCUAAGGAUCAGGUUUACAGGCUACUAUGGUUGUUUGUUUGUAGAAAGGUUAGAGUUCAGAAAUUUAUAGGGGAAAAGAAAGUCAAGAGAAGGCAUCACGAGUCUUCAGAUGAAGUAAAUUCCUUGGUUGAAUCUGGGAAGCUUGGUCUAGGAAAUGAUAGACCCAUGGUUGGAAAUCUGCCUAGGUUAUCAUCCAUAGUUGUCUGCUCACGGGACGCAGAUUUUCGGCAUCCAAUAAUGCUUAGAACCAACAGUGAAGUUUCUGAUCUAUCAGUUCCAUUGCAAAGAAAACAGGAGCAUGCUGAUUUUUCUUCUUCUAGUUCUUCAUCAAUUCUUGGAGAUUUCAUACCAUUGUCUUCCCCUGAAGAUUCUGACCCCACAGAGAUGAGGAAUUCUUCCGAAGUGGAUGAGGAUUUGGAAAGCAACCAAAUAGAAUCCUCUAUGUCUUAUUGUCAUGAAGACUCUUCUUUCUCUGAAUCUGACAUUGAUGCCUCUCAUUUUGGACACACGGCUUUAAAUCAUCCAUCCGUUGCAUUCUGGUCAGAUAGAGGUCCGUAUGAUGGAAAUUAUCAGAGCAAUCCAGUCCAUCAGAGUGACAACCAUCCUUGUGUCAAGGGUCUGUAUUCUGAUACACCAAAACAAAGAACUAGUGUCUUUUCUCGUCUGAAUUUAGUUUCAGAAGCUGCUCCACGAGAAAAUGAAGACACUUCCAAAUUGGAAAAUUCUCGUUUGAAUUUGGUUUCAGAAGCUGCUGCACUAGAAAAUGAUGCCACUUCCAAAUUGGAAAAUUCGGUGCAUGAAAUUAUGAAAAAGUUGCAGCAGAGACACGACAACUGGACGAAGACAAGGAAAGCUAAAUACAGUUCACGGGAAAAGGAAGGUAAUGCUCAAAACAAGAGAGGUAGUGUAUUCUCUCGCUUGGAUUUUGCAUCAAAAGGCACUGUGCAAGACAAGGAAUUCAAUGCCAAGGCGAAUCAGUCAAGGCACAAUAUCAAAAAAGAUCUUCGAUGGAAGAAGAAAAGUAGAGGACGUGAAGUGUUUAUCAGAAAUAAUGAUGAUGGUAAGAGUUUGAGCGUGACUGUUCAGUUGGAGAUGAUUGAAGGUGCAUCUCAAGCUGAAAAGCAUCCUAAGGAUACAUGGAGCAGGGGAAGAAUGGAAGAAGAAAUUCCACUUCUGAAUUUGAAGCGCAAAGGUGAAAUGUUGAAGAUGCAAUGCAAAACUGAGGGAAAAGACUGUAUAGAUGGGAUGGGUGUGUGCUUGUCUGAAGAACAGCUCAAGAAAAGAAAAUUGGUCAAACCAAUAUUUGGAAACAAGUCAUCUGAUGCACAAACCAAAGUUUGUGAUAGCUGCCUCAAUGUGGAAACAUCUCAGGAAAGCUCUGCUGGUAAAAAGAGCAGUGGAAGUUUUGAGGUCUCUACCAGAAAUGAAAGCGUUGAUGACAAUGAAAAUAGAUUAUCGGAAAAAGACAAUGGAGAAGAGGGAAAGGGAUUGAUUGGUAAGGAUGCAAAGUUGCAAGAGCAGGGAAUUGCUGUAAACAGCAGCCUGCCUGUAGCAGCCACAGGAUCAUUGAAGACAUAUCAACGCCGUCGUGGCCUGUCUGCAUCGCCCAGAAUCAAGGAUCCGGAUCAGGAAAUCACUGUGGGUGAAGAAAAUGCAGAAUGUCACAUGACAUUCAUUUGCACUGGUGGAGGUGAAAAGCUCGAGGAGCAAAUUAUCGACCACCAAGUAGAAGUUUGUGCCUUUAAUGCGAAAACAACAAUGUCCAGUGCUGAAGGAUUGGGUGAUGAUGAAUAUAAGGUGGAGUGAUUCAUUUUGUGGGGGGUUAAGCAAGGAAGAACAUGAACCAUGUGUGAAGGGAGUUGGAAAGUGGAGGCAUCGUCCCGAAUGAUGGGAAAGGUAAAAUUACAUAUCAUAGAAAGAAAAGAAAAAAAAAAGUACAUAGACUUAAAUAGACACAAAUGUUAGUUUCUUGUGAAAAUCAAUGGGAGGAUAAAAGUGUUGGUAAUUGAAGGAUAGCAUACUAGAAUACUUACUUCUUGAACAUCUGAAAAUUGUAACUGUGUUCUCUGAUGGUGGAAAUUACAUGAAAUUCUUCUAUCUUUUUGCUUUCACAUAUUUCAUGUUUUAAGUAAAACCGCCGUUACGUGA